AUGCCUUCCGCAGUGGAUCAGAGGGACGACCUAUGGCUGGCUAUCAAGCAGAUAUCUCAGUCAAGCUCAGACUCUGACUACAUCGAGCAACUUGUUCCGAUUAUGAAAGAUGCAAGACACACUAACCAGCUUCUGCAAGCCUUUGACCAAUACUCGAACGAUAGAGAAUCCGAGAUCGAGCGAAUUUGUAGUGCAAAUCACCAGGAGUUCAUUGGCUCUGUUGACUCGCUUCUGAAGGUUCGAUCCGGCACUGUGGACAUCACCGAUGAGAUUCUCGAGCUCCAGGCAUCUAUCCAGGAGAGUGCCGACAAGCUACAUGCCCAGAAGCAAGCUCUAAAGGAGUCGCGUAACGUGCGACAAAACAUCAACGAGGCGAACGCGGCGCUCAACGAUUGUUUAGAGGUCCUGCGGCUUGCUAACCAAGUCUACGAGCUUUUGAAAGAAAAGAAUUACUAUGCUGCAUUGCGUGCGUUGGACGAAUUGCAAACCAUCCAUUUGAAAGGCAUCAGUCGCUACAGUCUCGCCGGUCUGAUUGACAAGAGCGUGCCUGUGGCGCGAGAGCAGAUACGUGAAGCUGUCAAGGCUGACCUGAGCACCUGGCUGUAUCGCGUUCGCGAAUCAUCACAGUUCUUGGGCGAAGUGUCAUUCUACUACACUGAUGUACGACGCACGCGGAACCAAGAACGAUCUGAGGCAGACUCACGGUUCUCCAAGUUUAAAUUGAACUCUGCAAUUGAACUCGUCGCUGACGAGACUGACGAAUUCGAUGUCCUCAAUAAUGAAGAAGCUGGGAAUGAGACCGACUUCACGCCCUUGUUCGAAGCUAUGCAUAUAUAUGAUACAUUAGGAAAACGAGAGCAGUUCAAAGCCGAGUAUGCCGAGGACAGAAAGCUGCAGAAAGACUUGAUCCUUCCACAGACGCUGAGCUUGCUUGAUGAGGAGUGCGGCGAGCUCAGUAGCUUGUUAGAGAGUAUCGCGGGCUUUGCGAUCAUCGAAAAGGCUACCGCAGCCAAGACAAUCAACCUACGAUCACAGGCCGAUAUCGACGAGCUCUGGGAUGCAAUGUGUGCUAGAGCUAUUGAGCUGAUCACGAAAGCGUUACCACAAGUCAGCAACGACGAGCUUCUUCUGAGAAUCAAAGGCCGCGUUGCCCUGUUCAUGUUAACCAUGGAGAAAUGGGGCUACUCCGUUUCGACCAUGAAUGACCUCCUACUCACGCUCUUCUCCAAAUAUUCAGAACUUCUCAAGAGCCGCUUCAGUGAAGACUUUACUGAAAUUGUCACGACGGAUGAUUACAUGCCGAUGACGCUCAACAGCAUCGAAGAGUACGACAAGGUUGUGACUGUCAGCUGGUACACUCCAGAAAAGGAGCGCGAGGAACUCACCUUCCCCUGCGUCCUGCCUUUCUCUCAGAUGUAUCCCCUCUGCUGCAUCGAUGUUAGGAACUUCCUCAACCAGAUCUACCUCUUCUCAGAUGACUACUUCCAAAAGUCUUCCAUCAUCGACGAAACGCUUCGGACCUCUCUCGAUGACCUUCUCUGCAACGAGGUUUGCCAGUCCCUUGUUGACCGUCUUGCGUCUCAAUACCCCGGCCAGAUUGUCCAAAUCCUCACCAACGUGGAGCACUUUGAAACAGCGUGCCACGAGCUCGAAGCGCUCCUCUUUGAAGCGCGAUCAUCGCCCGCAGCUACCGGGCCCAUCACUUUACAAGCCACCGAAAAAUUCAAGACCGCGAAGAAGCAGGCGAGUGAUCGUAUCUUCGAGGUCGUGAACAGUAAGAUUGACCAGUUGGUUGAGACAGCGGAGUACGAAUGGAUGGCUACCAAGCCGGCGAGUGAGCCAAGUGACUACAUGAAGGAGAUGACGAGGUGGCUCAGCGACAUCUCAAACUCCGUCCUCCUCGCUCUCCCAGAAGAAGUCAAAGGUUUCGUUUACUUUGACGCGCUCUCCCACGCCAAAGAUGCUAUACUCGCGCUCCCUUUGGAUGAGACCGUCAAACGCAUCACGCCCGCGGCUGUCAGCGCUCUCGCCAUGGACACGCGGUACCUCGCUAACUUUGUGGAGGGCCUCGGCGACCCACUGUUACUAGAUAACUUAGAUGAGCUGACGCAGACGGUGCAGCUCAUGGGCGCGGAAGAUCACAUGGAGUACUUCGACGUUGCGCAGAGAAACAAGAAGUACGGGAAGGUGGAUGCGAUGAAGGGACAGAUGUUGAUUGCCAAGGUGCAGGAGGGAGCAACGAUUGCGAGUCAGAGCCCGACGAAGCCGCCGGAAAGGGAGCGGUUUGGGACGCUGGGAAGUCGAUUCAGGUUUGGUUAG